AUUUGUUUUCCAAGAACACCGCCGGCACCGCCCCCCGCCCCGUCUUCCCCCUCUCUGCAAACCCUUCUCUUCCAAACAAACCCUUCUCCCUCGCUCGCCCUCUCUCUCUCGCUCGCUCCCCCUCUCUCUCUCUCUCAGUCAGUAGCUGGGGAGGUCGCGUCUUUGGUUCUCUUGCUCUCGCUGGGUCGCUUGCCUCUCUGCAUUGCCAUCGGGACACUUUGGUUCAAUCUUUUGAGGCAGGCAGUGGGCAUCCCUUCAUACUCUAGAGACUAAGAGAGGAGAGAUGGAAGGCUCUCGUCCCUGUAAGAGUUGUUCAAAGAGGACUCUAGUAUCAGAUGAUGUAACUGGAACCUUGGUUUGCUCAUCUUGUGGCACCGUGCAAGAGUUUGAUAAUUUUCAGCACCAUUUUGGUGGCCUUAGUGGCCCAACUGGGACGUUUGUCCGCACUGGCACAGCUGGUUCUGGCAGUCUCUAUACUUUCAAAGACAAGAAAAUAUUCAGAGCCAAAGACACAUUGGAGCAACUGGUUAGGUUACUGAACUUUUCGCCUUCAAAGACAGAUGAAGUUAGGAUUAUGGUGGAGCGUAUUACUGAAAAUGAGUAUGGCCAAGGUGAUUGGUACCCUGUUCUUGUUGGUGCUUGUGCUUAUGUAGUAAUGCGGAAAGAUAACAAAUCUUUGCCCCUUGUAGAGGUGGCAGACAAGGUUGGUUGUGACAUUUAUGAGCUUGGUCAGAUGGUUAGUCGGGUUGUUGAUUUUCUAGAAUUGAAGUUGCCAGAAUUUGAUAUUGUAAGUUCGUUUGAACGAGCAGUCAGAACUUGUUUUGAUGCAGUAAUUUCAGUGGAUGAGGAUAAGAUUGAAAAAAUGUUGAAGCAGGGAACCUUUUUACUGCAAUGCAUGGUGAAGUGGUAUUUGACGACAGGCAGGAGACCAAUUCCUGUGGUUGUGGCUGUGUUGGUAUUUGUUGCAAAAUUGAAUGAAGUUGAUGUUCAGAUUGAGGAUGUGGCCAAGGAAUUGCAUGUGGCAGUUGCUACAAGUAAGUUGCGGUAUAAGGAGCUCUUGGAAUGUCUAGUGAACGUUGCACAAGCAUUGCCUUGGGGAAAGGAUAUUACGGUUAAGAACAUUGUAAAGAAUGCACCGUUCGUUAUGCAAUAUAUGGAGUUGAAGUCCAUGUCUAACCCCAAUGGGAAGAGGAAGAGUUUAGGGCAUGUUGGAUUUGAUUUAGAUGAUCUCAUUGGUGAUUGCUUGAGGAAAGAACCUGAAUAUUGGAUGGAUAGCUGUGGCAUAGCCAAUGAUUCUCAGUACUUUGAGGUAAAAGAUAGGAGUUGUUCUCCAAGAUGGAGUGCAGAAGAUCUGGAUGAGCUCAAGAUUUCGCCUGAAUGCUUGUUGAUGAUAUAUUCAGAGUUGUCAAAUGAAGUUUCUAAUGCUAAGCCAGUGGGAGAUGGUGGAAUUAACUGCAGAAGGAGAGGCUUAGACCUCUUUGAGUGUAGGGACUGGUGGAAAGGAAAAUCAGAAAUGUGCAAGAAGCUUGCCCUCAAGAAAGUAAUGGACAAAGAUGUAGGACUGGAUGCUGUGCCUCCGUCGUUCAGGGCUGGAUGCUUGGCGUAUGAAACGAGGAGAGAAAAGAUAAAGGCUGCUAAGCUGCGCAUUGAUAAGAUUAUGCGCCCGCCAAAUCCCAACUCCGAUAACAAGGAUACCCCCAGCGUUUCAGAAGGCAUAAACAUGGGGAAGAAACGGAAGCGAAGGGGAAUGAAGGUUGAUGUUGAUUGGGAAGAUUUUGUCAUCGAGACCCUUCUCCUUCAUCAGGUGAAGGAAGUCGAAAUAGAGAAGGGGCAUUACAAUACCUUACUGGGCUUGCAUGUCUUCGACUCUUGCUCUGGGAGUGUUUAAUCAGCUUCAGCGAGUGCAAGGCCUGGUACUACCGAUUGUUGCUGGACUUUAGACCAAGCACUUGUCCACAUGCUGCACAAGCCCAUUAUAUCCUUGUGCGGGUGUAAGGGCAGGGCAGAGGCCUUAAAGUCUUUUGUUUGGGCCUUGGUUUGUCUGCACAUUUUUUGCCUUUGCCUUGACAGCUUUAUUAGUGGUUAGUUUUUUUAGAUGUGAAUAUAUGUUUAGUAUUGUAAUGAUUUGUUCGCGUGAAAGAAAUCUUUGUACUUCUAUCUCUUUCAUGGGUUCAGGAUAUUGUAAUUUUGUGUUCUCAACAAAGCACAUAAAAAUUAAAAAUGUUCAAUUGGUCACCUGAAUUCUAAACCUUUGAGCAAUUUCUAUUAAUGAACAUAUAUGUUAGAAGUCCGUUAUAUCCAAAUUUGGGUUU